GUUCUUCGGCAUCUAAAGUCGUAUCUAGCCACCGAUCGAAUCCCCCGAUGCUGGCCGAGGCUAGCUACACAUUUCUUUGUAAAGUCAGCCUCCCUUUGUGACACUCUCAAAGCUAGUACUUCUUUGUUUUCAAGAAACUGUAUACCCACGACCUUCCCUUAAUCUUGCAAGCUUCACCCAACUUCUUCAACACGUGGAACUUCAACACGUAGAACUUCAACACGUAGAAACGUGGUUAAGCACUCCAACGAGCAAUUUGUAGCAAGAUGGUGUUUACUCCACCGGCUUGGGUGCCUCAGUUACCCUUUGACCCCCCGGACUCAAUUCCGCUUCAUGAGUUCUGGAGCAGUGAGAAGUAUGGGAGGCAACCGCUCGCGAGGUCGCGGAAUCCCUACACCUGCGGGAUUACGGGGAAGACAUAUACGACCGCUGAGAUGACCGAGCGCUACGAGCUGCUAGCGCGAUCACUAGCAAAGCGUAUGGGCUGGAGACCGAACGAAGAGACGCCCUGGGAUAAGGUCGUUAGCGUUUUUUCUUUCAACUCGAUCGACUACAUGAUGUCUACCUUCGCGGUACACCGCCUCUCGGGCAUUGUAACGCCAGCAAAUGCUAUGUAUUCAGCAGCCGAGCUUGAACAUCAGCUCAAGUCAGCUGGUGCCAAAGCUUUAAUCACGUGCAUCCCACUACUAGAUACAGCAUUGAAGGCGACGAGAGCAUGUGGUAUCCCAGACGACAAAGUAUUCAUUAUGCGAAUACCCGGGGAAUUCAAACCUGCUCCUUUCCAGAGUCUCGAUAGCCUCAUCGACGAAGGUCGGUCUUUGGCGGAAGUCGAGCCGUUAGUCUGGGCGAAGGGGCAGGGCGCUCGACAAGUCGCGUACCUGUGCUAUUCUAGCGGCACUUCAGGUCUCCCCAAAGCCGUGAUGAUCGCACACCGAAAUGUCAUUGCGAAUGUGAUGCAGUUCCGAUGCCAUGAGGAUCCAGGUAGAAAGGCCAAAGGCAUCGAAACCCAAGUCCAGCUUGGUCUUUUACCACUAAGCCAUAUCUAUGGGCUGGUAGUAGUUGCACAGGCGGGGACGUAUCGAGGAGAUUCCGUAAUAAUCUUACCGAAGUUUGAGCUAAAGACCUUGCUGGAAACUAUCCAGAGAUACAAGAUCAAUUUUAUGCAUAUUGUCCCUCCUAUCGUCAUUCAAAUGUUGCGGAAUAUGGAGUUGUGUGCCAAAUACGACUUAUCUAGCGUCCGGAUGGUGUACACAGGGGCCGCACCGCUUGGCGCCGAAACGCACGAGGAUAUGGUGAAGGCCUUCCCGUUUCUAAAUGUCGGUCAGGGCUACGGUAUGACAGAAACAAGUACAGUUGUGACUAGCACGGGUGAGAACGACGUGAUGAUUGGGACAUCGGGAUCUCUUGCGCCCGCUUCCCGGGCUAAGUUAAUAGGCGAAGAUGGCAAGGAGAUCACGGAGUAUGAAAAGCGUGGCGAACUUUGGGUCCAGUCACCCUCAGUCACACUGGGUUAUUUGAACAACGAAAAGGCAACCGCCGAGGCUUACGUGUGGGACGACGAUGGCCGCUGGAUACGGACAGGAGAUGUGGCAGUUGUUCGGAAGUCACCAGCUGGGCACGAGCACUUUGCUGUUGUGGAUCGGUUGAAGGAGUUGAUCAAAGUCAAGGGCCAUCAAGUCGCGCCAGCAGAGCUGGAAGCUCACCUCCUCAGCCACCCGGACGUUAAUGAUUGCACGGUCAUUCCAAUACCGGACGAAGCAUCCGGAGAGGUACCGAAGGCUUUUGUCGUGAAAUCCGCCUCGGCAGCAUUGAGGCCGGAUGAAGACGUUAUCCGGGAAAUUAACAAGUGGGUUGAGGAGCACAAGGCCAGGUAUAAGUGGUUGAAGGGCGGAGUUGAAUUCGUCGAUGCGAUACCCAAGAGCCCAAGCGGGAAGAUCUUGAGGAGACUCUUGAAAGAUCGGGAAAGAGAGAAGAGAAGAGCUUUGGGGGCGAAGCUGUGAAAUGUGUUGAAUAGUACGGAUUUGACUCGCAACAUGGUUGUUAUCUUCACGGUAGAUUUUACUGAUAGAUAAAUUAUUGGAGAACCUCGCGUUUUAUUAUUAUUCAUUGAUGCUACAAAGCGAGCACUUAUACUAGGACAUUCCUAGCAUGUUCAGAUUCUGGACAAUAUAGAUGUAUCAAGAUUUAUUUCUUGCCCUUCUGCUUCAAAUAUUCUUCUUCUUCUGCUUGUAUAUUCGCAUCGAUCUUGGCGCCUUUA